UGCUUCUCUGCCCCGCCUAGCCCAACCCGAAGGGGGGAAAGGAACGGGCCGGGCGAGGAGGGCGCUUGUACGUAGGCAGGGCAUUCUGCCGCUAAGCAGCCCACCUCCCGGAGCCGUCGUUGCCGUUGAGUAGUCGGCUGAACCGACGGUGAGGGCGGCCGGAGUCUCGCAGCAAAGGGAGCAGCGCUGGCUUUCUGCAAGAUGAGUAGGCGGCUUGCGCUGUGCAGCCGAGGCGGCCUGAGCCUUUCCGUCGCCUGUUUACUGGCGCUUCUUCCCGGCCUGGUAUUUGCAGACUCAUGUAUCUGGUAUGGCCAGUGUGGGACUGCUUUUGCAGAUAAAAGAUAUAAUUGUGAAUAUAAUGGAUCAGCAUUGCCACUACCAAAGGAUGGCUAUGAUUUGGUUCAGGAACUCUGCCCAGGUUUCCUCUUUGAGAAUGUGAGUCUUUGUUGCGAUGUUGAGCAACUUCGUACUCUGAAAGCCAACUUGGAACUGCCUCUGCAGUUUCUUUCCAGGUGUCCAUCAUGCUUUUAUAAUUUAUUAAACCUGUUCUGUGAACUCACCUGCAGUCCUCAUCAAUCUGCAUUUCUAAAUGUUACAAAGACAGAACCAUAUCUAGAUCCAAGUACAAAAACAAAUAAAACCAGCAUUACAGAGCUACAGUAUUACAUUGGAGAAACAUUUGCUAAUGCUAUGUAUAAUGCCUGUAAAGAUGUGGAGGCCCCAUCAAGCAAUGUUAAAGCAUUGGGAUUAUUGUGUGGAAAAGAUGUUAAAGAAUGCAAUGCAACAAACUGGAUUGAGUAUAUGUUCAGUAAGGAUAAUGGCCAAACUCCUUUCAAUAUGAUCCCGAUAUUUUCAGAUACUCCUACCCAUGGGAUGACUCCAAUGAAUAAUGCUACCAAAGGCUGCAAUGAGUCAGUGGAUGAUGUCACAGGACCCUGCAGUUGUCAGGAUUGUUCUGUUGUUUGUGGCCCCAAACCACAGCCUCCUUCACCUCCUGCACCUUGGCUUCUGCUUGGCCUGGAUGCCAUGUAUGUCAUCAUGUGGAUCGCCUACACAGCAUUUUUACUUAUCUUUUUUGGAGUGGUUUUUGGAGUUUGGUGUUACAGGAAAAGACACUUUGUUUCUGAAUACACACCUAUUGACAGCAACAUUGCUUAUUCUGUUAACUCACAUCAGAAUGCUGGAGAAGCGACGUGGUGUGAAAGGCUUGGAGAAAAGUUUGAGAAUGCUUUAAGAGUCACAUUUACAUCAUGGGGGGCUUUCUGUGUUCGCAAUCCAAGGCCUGUUGUUCUCUUUUCUGUGGUAAUUAUUGUCAUGUGUGCCUCAGGUCUGACAUUUGUCAAGUUAACUACCAAUCCUAUAGACCUCUGGUCAUCUCCCAGUAGCCAAGCUCGAAAAGAGAAGGAAUAUUUCGAUACUCACUUUGGACCUUUCUUUCGCACCGAGCAACUUAUUAUUCAAGCCCCACAUGCCAAGCCAGAUAUCUACUCUCCAUAUCCAUCAGGAGAUGAUGUUCCUUUUGGACCUCCUCUUACAAAAGAUAUCUUGCAUCAGGUGCUAGACUUACAGAAUGCUAUUGAAAACAUAAAUGCUACCUACGAUAAUGGCACUGUAAUGCUGAAGGACAUAUGCCUGACUCCUCUUGCUCCCUACAACAACAACUGUACUAUUCUGAGUGUGCUCAACUAUUUUCAAAACAGCCAUUCUGUCCUAGAUCAUAAUAUUCAUGAUGAAUUUUUUGUUUAUGCCGACUACCACUCUCACUUCUUAUACUGUGUUCGGGCUCCGGCAUCUUUGAAUGAUACAACCCUGCUUCAUGAUCCAUGCUUAGGAACAUUUGGUGGUCCUGUCUUCCCAUGGCUAGUGAUGGGAGGAUAUGAUGAUGAAAAUUACAAUAAUGCCACAGCCCUUGUGAUCACAUUUCCUAUUCAGAAUUACUACAAUGACACAGGAAAGCUGAUGAAAGUUCUGGCUUGGGAAAAGGAGUUUAUCAAUUUUGUGAAAAAUUAUGACAACCCAAAUUUAACAAUUUCGUUUGCUGCUGAACGUAGUGUUGAGGAUGAAAUAAACCGAGAAAGCAAUAGUGAUGUUGGUACUGUUGUAAUUAGCUAUGCCGUUAUGUUUGUGUACAUCUCCAUAGCUCUGGGACACAUCAAGAGUGCUGCUCGAUUCUUGGUGGAUUCAAAAAUUUCCUUGGGCAUUGCAGGUGUAUUGAUUGUACUGAGUUCGGUUGCAUGUUCCCUGGGUAUUUUCAGCUUCUUUGGAGUCCCCUUAACACUGAUUGUUAUUGAAGUUAUCCCAUUUUUGGUGCUGGCAGUGGGAGUGGAUAACAUUUUCAUUAUGGUUCAGGCAUAUCAGAGAGAUGAACGUCUUCAAGGUGAAACUCUGGAUAAGCAGAUUGGCCGGAUUCUUGGAGAUGUGGCACCUAGCAUGUUCCUUUCAUCAUUUUCAGAGACAGUGGCUUUUUUCUUGGGGAGUUUGUCUAAUAUGCCGGCUGUACGUACUUUCUCCCUCUUUGCUGCUGUGGCUGUGUUAAUUGACUUUCUCCUUCAGAUCACGUGCUUUGUAAGUCUCUUGGGUUUGGACAUCAAGCGUCAAGAGAAAAAUAAAUAUGAUAUCCUGUGUUGUAUAAAAGGUAGUGAAGAAAUCAGCAGCGUACAACAUUCUGAAAGCAUGCUGUUUUUAUUCUUCAAAAAAAUAUAUGCUCCAUUUCUUCUAAAGGAUUGGAUGAGACCCAUAGUGAUAUCCGUAUUUGUGGGUGUUUUAUCAUUCAGCAUAGCAGUUAUCAACAAAGUAGAGAUUGGCUUGGACCAGAGGCUAUCCAUGCCUGAUGAUUCCUAUGUGAUGGAUUACUUCAGUUCUCUCAGCAAAUAUCUACAUGCAGGUGCACCAGUGUACUUUGUGCUUGAAGAAGGAUAUGAUUAUACGACUUUGGAUGGGCAAAAUAUGGUCUGUGGUGGAGUGGGGUGUGACAACAACUCCCUAGUACAGCAAAUAUUUGAUGCGGCAGAAAUUAGCAGCUAUACAAAAAUUGGCUAUGCUCCUUCGUCUUGGCUUGAUGACUACUUUGACUGGGUCAAACCACAGUCUUCCUGCUGCAGAAUCUAUAAUACCAGUGGACAGUUUUGCAACGCUUCAGUUGUUGAUCCAUCCUGCGAGCGUUGCCGGCCGCUGACUCCAGAAGGGAAGAAGAGACCCCAGGGUGAAGAAUUCAUGACAUUUCUCCCUAUGUUUCUCUCUGAUAACCCUAAUCCAAAAUGUGGGAAAGGAGGACAUGCGGCCUAUAGUUCUGCAGUUACUUUUAAAAAUAACUCUGAAAUUGGGGCUACUUACUUCAUGACCUACCAUACAGUGCUGAAAAACUCAACAGACUUCAUUGAUGCAAUGAAAAAAGCACGGAUGAUAGCAGACAACAUUACUGAAUCCAUGGGAACCAAAGGAAGAAACUAUCGUGUGUUUCCUUACAGUGUGUUUUACGUUUUUUAUGAACAGUAUCUGACUAUUGUGGACGAUACCAUCUUCAACCUCAGCAUUUCCCUUGGAUCCAUAUUCUUAGUUACAAUGGUGCUCCUUGGUUUUGAAAUAUGGGCAGCCGUUGUUGUUUCCCUCACAAUUGCUAUGAUUCUGAUCAACAUGUUUGGGGUGAUGUGGCUCUGGGGUAUCAGCUUGAAUGCAGUUUCAUUAGUCAACCUUGUAGUGAGUUGUGGCAUCUCCGUUGAGUUCUGCAGCCAUGUGACAAGAGCAUUCACAAUCAGUACAAAAGCAACAAGGACAGAACGUGCUGAAGAAGCACUAUCCCACAUGGGAAGUUCUGUUUUCAGUGGCAUUACACUAACGAAAUUCGGAGGAAUAGUGGUUCUAGCCUUCUCCAAAUCCCAGAUUUUCCAGAUCUUCUACUUCAGAAUGUAUUUAGCCAUGGUGUUACUUGGAGCAACUCAUGGACUAAUAUUUCUUCCUGUCCUGCUAAGUUACAUCGGGCCAUCAGUAAAUAAAGCUAAAGCACAUGCAGCACAAGAAAGGAACAAAGGUACAGAAAGGGAGAAACUGCUGUUUUUCUAGCCAUUUUAAACAAUGUGUUUGCUGGACUUCGAAUUCUGGUUGAAGCCCUCUUCCUGAUAAACUGUAGCAAGUUUCUAUGACUGCUUUCUCACAACUGAAAAAUUCUCUGGAUUCCUUUGAUGUCUUCCUUAAAACUAAGAGGACUAGUAUUCUGGACAGAUUGAAGUUCGGAAAUUUUACAUCCAGCUACACAAUUUUCAGUAUUACUAAAAAAGAAACAUUAACAUAACCAUAAGUUAUUACUAUUUAAUACAUUCUAGGUUUUGCUCCUGUUAAAGGCUGCUGUUCCACUUCACAAACACCUUCUUAAUGACAUUUAAAGUGACUUGUAAGAGAAUAGGCUGCUGAACCAGUGACACUGUUUUUUUAAAAAUGCAAGUCAAUGCAAUUUGUGGCUUUAUUUUUAGGAGAAAAAAAUAAGUCAUGAGUCAAAAUGUUGUAAUAUUUUUAAUAUUUGCCAAAGGAUCUGUAUAUAUACUUUAUUAUAAAAUAGGAUUUUUGUAGGUCAAAAGUAUAAGUACAUAAAUGCAAUAAAUUAAGUUUAUACAUUUUGUAUUGAAACUGCUUUACUACUUCAGAAAGUUGUAGGCUUCAUUAGUGCCUGGUCUCCAAAAACUUGCUUAAAAAACAUGACAUGCUCUUCACAGUGUUCUCCUACAAGACAACAACAAGAAAGCAACGUAACAGCACACUUUACUAAUGACUCAUUCUGUACAUUUUAUCCUAUCAAACUUGAACUAUCAUCCACAUACAUAAUUUCAGGAGCCAUCUUUAAAGUCUGAAAGUUGUUUGUUUGAGCUAUGUACUCCUCAAACUUUGGAGCACAAAGCACAAAUAGCUGUCCUAAAAAACCCCCUAAUGUUUACAGAAAAACUGAGAAGAGGAAGGAGCUAAAGGUACAAUACACGUGUGUUUUGAGGCUUGUAUAUGACUAUUGGGAAAAAGUGGAUUUCAUGUAGAAUCAAAUAUUCGGGGUCAAGAGAAGUAGCACAGCAAAACUGAGACACUUACCUUUCCCUAACAUUAUAGUUGACCUUUCUUGGCAAAACCACAAAUGUUAAAUUCUUUUCAGGCUAGCAGUUUCCUUUGCAACAUGUCCAACUCUAACCAUUUCCCCACUUCCUUACUCGUUAUCACAGUUGGCUAUUAAAGCUACUGCUGAGAAGCAUGCUAGUUGCUGGCAUAAUAUUGGCUAGAACUGCACAUAUGGGAGUACCUAGUCCUUCCCUGAACUGUAAGUGGAAAAUUGGGAUAUUCCUCUAAGGGAAAAACUGAGAUACGGUUGUAGGUGUUCAUAUACAUUCCGCACUUAGGGGAAUAAAGCAGAGCACUUUGAUCACAAGCAGCUACAGUGAACCCAGAGUGUACUAAAUGUCUAGGAGAGGUACUCCUAAAUACUUGGUAAAGAAAUAGGGACAGGUGAGUUCUGACUUGCUCCUUUGCCAUGCUCAGAGGAGUAGAGCAGUCCUUGGCUGAAAUACAGGUGGAUAAACUGUCAGUUCUACAAGGGCUAUGUUACUCCAUUCUGUCUCUCUUCAAAUUACAUCAAGGCACUAUUAUAUCAUUCCACAGUAAAGUAUUUAAAAUUUUAACUGUUCCUUUGAUGAGCAACUAUUUUCUUUUCCACAAGUUGAUGACAUGUAUUUUAGUUUUGACGUUAAUUUUGCAUAGAAACUGUUAUACAUAUUUUAAUUACAUUUAUCCUUUCUCUCAGAUUAUAGCAAAAUCUUUAAAAUCACAACUGCUCAACAUGUAAUAUACAGAUAUCAGUGCCUUUACUGCAGAAAUGACAUUUAGGAACACCGACCAUGGGUUAUGUGUACUGUAUCUUGUUUCUCCUUCUGUGUUUUGGUGGCUUUUUAAAAACUUUGUUUCAAGAAUGGUAAAAGCACUAACUUAAAAUGGAUGUAUUAUCUGAUAAUUGUGAAGGAGGGAGUUAGAAGGCUUAGAGAAGAAUAUCUUAAAGCAGGUUGUCUAUGAAUACCUCAUCUGUUUGGUCAUGUUAAUAAAACUGAACUGAUAAUUCGUA